AUGUGCCAGUUUAAUGUUAGAGAACGCGAGCAGGCUGAGGAUCGAACCGGGAGCUCGGAUCAGUGCGCACAGAGUGCAGUGGAGACUCCGAGUCUGACCCGGCUGUUUAAGAGAAGAUGGUUAAUAGUUUUGCUCUUCAGCUCGUACUCGCUGUGCAAUGCGUAUCAGUGGAUUCAGUACGCGAUCAUCAGCAACAUCUUCAUGCACUUCUACAGUGUGAGCGCGUUCACUGUGGACUGGAUGUCCAUGGUUUACAUGCUCACCUACAUUCCGCUGGUGUUGCCGGUAACCUGGCUGCUGGACAGAAAGGGUCUGCGCGUAAUUGCGCUCAUAGCGGCCGCCGUUAAUUGCGCAGGAGCGUGGAUUAAAGUAGCAAGUGCAGAUCCGAACCUCUUCUGGGUGAGUGCUCUAGGACAAGUGACAUGUUCCAUAUCGCAGGUGUUCAUCCUCGGAAUGCCCUCCCGCAUCGCCGCUGUGUGGUUCGGUCCAGAAGAGGUGUCCACCGCAUGCGCCAUCGGUGUCUUCGGCAACCAGCUUGGCAUUGCCAUUGGAUUUUUGGUGCCACCAAUUCUUGUGCCCAAUGUGGAUGACAAGGAUGAACUGGCUUAUCAUAUCAGGACUAUGUUUUAUAUCACAGCCGGUGUGGCAAGCUUCAUCUUUAUUCUGGUUGUCAUUGUGUUCCAGGAGAAGCCUGAUGUUCCUCCCUCGCAGGCUCAAGUGACAAUGCAAAACCUGCCACCUGAAGAGUAUUCUUACAUGUCAUCCAUUCAGAGGCUUCUCCGCAACAAACCAUUCGUCAUGCUUAUUAUUACCUAUGGAUUAAAUGUUGGGUGUUUCUAUGCUGUUUCCACUCUUCUGAAUCGAAUGAUCAUUGACUACUAUCCUGGAGAGGAAGUGAAUGCUGGAAGAAUUGGUCUGACUAUUGUGAUUUCUGGUAUGGUCGGCUCCCUCAUCUGUGGCAUCUGGUUGGACAAAACAAAGACCUACAAGCAGACCACACUUGCUGUAUAUCUCCUGUCUUUAGUGGGAAUGGUUGUCUACUCCUUUACUCUUAACCUGGGUCAUCUAUGGAUAGUUUUCAUUACAUCAGCAACACUAGGAUUCUUUAUGACUGGCUACCUACCACUGGGCUUUGAGUUUGCAGUGGAGUUGACAUACCCAGAGUCAGAAGGCACAUCGUCAGGCCUGCUCAACUGCUCAGCACAGGUGUUUGGAAUCAUAUUCACCAUCUGUCAAGGGAGGAUCAUUGACUCCUACAGCACACUUGCUGGAAACAUCUUUCUCUGUGUCUUUCUUGUUUUAGGAAGCAUCAUUACAGUUUUUAUAAAAGCAGACCUGAGGCGACAGAAGGCAAACCAGCAGGCUGAAGCAGAGGCAGCAGCACAGUCGGGUUGCCAAGAAGAUGGCCUAUCAUCAGUGAAGGCGGUCAAGAUGUAAGAACGAUAGUCUCUGCAUUAUUUACUACUACUAACUAAAAAAGCAAGAA